AUGCGUAAGUGUAAGGUGUUUGUUGGGUCAUCACACCCUGAAUUGGGCCGUUUGGUUUGUGAAAGACUAGGAGUUGAACCGGCUCCCUGUUCAUUAAAGAAGUUUUCAAAUGGUGAAACUUCUGUUCAAAUUGGAGUUUCUAUUAGAGAUGAAGAUGUUUAUAUCAUCCAAUCAGGUUCUCCGUAUGUUAAUGAUCAUAUUAUGGAACUUUUGAUUUUGAUUUCUGCCUGUCGUGGAGGUUCAGCUUCUAAAAUCACUGCUGUUAUCCCACAAUUUCCUUAUUCCAAACAAUCCAAAAUGAAGAAGCAUAGAGGGGCUAUUACCGCUAGAAUGUUGGCCAAUUUAAUCAUUAUGGCCGGUGCGGACCAUGUGGUUUCAAUGGAUUUACAUGCAUCUCAAAUGCAAGGGUUCUUCACUAAACCAGUGGAUAAUUUAUAUGGAGCCCCCACUUUAGCUAGAUGGAUUCGUCAUAACAUCCCUGAUUGGGAGAACGCUGUCGUGGUAUCGAAAAACCCGGGAGGGACUAAAAGAGUGACUACCUUGGCAGAUUCGUUAAAGAUUAACUUUGCAAUGAUCCAUACCGAUAGAAGAAGAACUCAAGAUAAUUAUUCGGCCAUGAAAAAGAGUUUGAAACAUACUAAAAGACAAAAAGGUGAGGGAGAAGAAGAUGAUGAUGAAGAUGAAGAUGAAGAAGACAAUAUUGUUCGUGAAAUGCAAACAGCCCGAAUAGUUCAAGGCCAUGUUGUGGGAGAUGAUUAUCCUUCGACUCCUAAUGGUAAAACUUUUAAAUCUGAAACAGAAAAUAAUAAGAAUUUUAUUCCCCCAGUGUCGACUCCAAUUUCUGAAGGGUUAGGUGGGUCUUAUGAUGCCAAUAAUUCAGACGAUGAAGAUGAUCUUGCAUCUGUCAAUGAAGAAAAACUAAUUACCUUGGUUGGUGAUGUUAAUAACAAAGCUGCUAUCAUUUUGGAUGAUAUGAUUGAUAAACCCAGUUCUUUCAUUGCUGCUGCAGAACACUUAAGAAUGAAUUGUGGUGCCAAAUCGGUCUAUGUCGUUGGUACGCAUGGAUUAUUCAAUGAUAAUUGUUUGGAGAUUUUAAACUCCUGUGAUUGCAUUGAUAAAAUCGUGGUUACCAAUACUUAUCCUAUCGGAGAAGAAAGCUUAUCAAAAUACACUAAAUUGGUUGUCAUUGAUGUUUCUCCAAUUUUUGCUGAAUGUAUUAGAAGAGACCAUUUUGGUGAAUCCAUUUCCGUUUUGUUUGACUCCUUGGCUGCUGUUGAAUGA